AUGCUCAGUCCCGGGCCGCCCCCAGCGCUCCACAGGCGCGCCGCCCGGCUCCAGCCCUUGCGCGGCCACUCGGAGCCGCCCGGCCCGGCCCGGCCCCGCCUCCGCGGCGCCCCCCGGCCCGACCGGCCCCCGUCCGGCCCGAGUGGGCGGCGCAGCGCGGGGGAGGGGUCCGAGGGGCGUCCCCGCCCCGGGCGCGGACACGCGCAGGCACCCCGCGUCACGCGAGGCUGGCGGGACGCACGCGGGGGCCGCGCCGCGGGACUCAGGAUCACCGCCCCCCCGCCAACCUCUGAAGCCCGGUCGGCUCAGGACUCGGUAGCGGCGGCUGGUCACCCUCUACCCCUACCCGGGCCCCGGGGCCAGCGGCAGCUGGUCAUUGUUCGAGCACAAAGGACCAGGCGCCACGGCGGCCGCCCUUCCCCCUCCGCUCCUCCGGUCGAAGCCUGCCCCACAAGACACACUCUGCGGCUUCGGAGUCCAGAGCGGGGCGCCGAGGGUCAGCUGCCCCCCCGCCUCGGCUGCUGGUACCCUGCUCCCCAGGACUGGUCGGGGACCCAGGCUCGGGCCCUGCCUGCCCCACCCCCAGCGGUUGAUGGAGGCAUAUUCGGACUUGCGGAGGUGGCGCCACCUGGGGACAUAUUUGGAGAAUACACCGUCAACCCCCCCAGCCUUGGGGGCCCCUACCUGGCUCCCCAGCACUGUACCCUCUCGACCCCGCGAGCCCAGGACUGCCCCGGUCUUCACCUGUGGGCGGCCAGGAAGCAGGAACCUCCGGAGUUGUCCCACCCGGCCCGCCCCCGUCGGCGGUCGCCGGGCAGCCCUUUUCUCCCACCCCCGUCAAGUACGCGACAGCAGAGCACCCUGUCCGCUGGGGGUCCCUGUGGGCCCGUGGCGCUGCUCCAGGGACUGCAAGGACCGGGAAAGUUCGUUCCGGAGCCGGGAUGUGCGGGAGGCUGGAGUUCCGACACCUCCACCGCCCCACCACUCACCCCGCGCCACCUGCGCCACUGCUCCACCUCCUGCCCAGCUCCUGCUCCAGCACGGGCACUUCCUCGCCGCAGAUCCGCCGGCUCGCAGCCAGCUCCGGGCUCCGGACUCCGGGCGCCCGCCUGGCCCGGCCUGGUAGAGCGGGGCGGGGCGGGGCGGCUGAGGCCGCGCCCCCGACCCAGGGAGGGGAGUGGUCUGCCCCGCACACCCCCUACCCCCCAACAGCCGACCUGGUACCCAGCCCCGCGGGAGCUCGGCGGUGGUGAGGCUGCCCCUCUGGCCUCUGACUUCACAGCUUUCUGGAUUUGGUUUUCGACGUGGGGGAAGGGACGACCAGCACGUGACCGAGAACUACUCUACCUGGCCGCCCUAACCGGGUCCGCGAUAGGGCUUUACUGCCACCUGCCUUGCCGGGUAGGGAAUCAGGCCGGACCCACUCCGCGCAUUCCCCAGGAGCAAGGAAAACCCCUAGGAAGCAGACAAAGACCGCUCCGGUUUCACCAAAACAGACCCCGCCCCGCCCUCGGGUCGGUCGGAACUGCCCUAGCAGAACCAGCACCUCCCCUCCCCCUGAGCAGGAGUCCGCCCAGGUGA